AUGGAGAUAAAAUUGGGAGAUCAUCCGUUUGAUCUGGACUUCCAUCCGUCAGGUCAGGUGGUUGCCACCGGACUCAUUUCCGGCCGCCUUCUAUUAUAUAGUUAUGCUGCCGAUUCUACGCCACAGAGGUUGCGGAAAGUUGAUGCUCACACCGAAUCUUGUAGAGCUGUACGCUUUAUCAAUGAGGGUCAAGCUAUACUUACUGGGUCGCCAGAUUUUUCCAUUCUUGCAACUGAUGUUGAAACCGGAGCAGAAAUUGCUAGGCUUGAGAAUUCUCAUGGGGCUGCUGUGAAUCGAAUUGUCAACUUAACAGAGUCAACUGUUGCCUCAGGCGAUGAUGAUGGUGUUAUUAAGGUUUGGGACACUAGACAACGUUCUUGUUGUAAUACUUUUGAAGCUCAUGAAGAUUACAUUUCAGAUAUUACCUUUGCUUCUGAUUCAAUGAAGCUCAUAGGAACAAGUGGUGAUGGAACUUUAUCUGUUUGCAAUCUCCGAAGCAACAAGAUUCAAACUCGUUCAGAAUUUUCCGAAGAUGAAUUGCUCUCUGUGGUGAUUAUGAAGAAUGGUCGAAAAGUUAUAUGCGGGACGCAAAGUGGAACUUUGUUGCUGUAUUCAUGGGGAUUUUUUAAGGACUGCAGUGAUCGUUUUGUUGACCUUUCCCCAAAUCCUGUUGAUGCCUUGUUGAAGCUUGAUGAAGAUAGGAUAAUAACUGGUUCUGGAAAUGGACUUAUCAGCCUGGUCGGCAUUUUGCCCAACAAAAUAAUUCAGCCAAUUGCAGAGCAUUCAGAAUUUGCUAUUGAGCGUCUUGCUUUUUCUUAUGAUAGAAAGUUCCUUGGUAGUAUAUCACAUGAUCACACAUUGAAGCUGUGGGAUUUGGAUAAUUUACUGCAAGACUCUGGAAAUGUCAAUAAUCCUUCAGAUGUUGCAGAUAGUGAUAGUGAUGGAAUGGACCUCGACGAUGGCAUGCCAAAAUCUUCUAAAGGCACCAAGAGGAAAAACGUGAGUCUCAGUGGCGCAAACAACUUCUUUGCUGAUUUAUAA